AUGAAUGAAUCAAAGGUGAAGGAAACAAUGAAGAGGUGUGGUGCCAGAGACGAGGAGUGCUCCAGGCUCAACGGGGCACUCAGCUGCUUACGGAAGGUGACUGAAUCAGGUGGGGAGUUCAGAGAGGACGUGCUGGUGAACCUCCCCGAGGCACGGCGGGAGAACAGCUCUCCAGGCACCAGCGACUGCCCCUGCCCCGCCUGGGCCCCCGCAGCCCUGCACCCGCCCCGGGGCAGCAGCCAGCAGCCACGGGCUGCCUCCCUGUCUACAGCCCCAGCUUCGGAGCCCCUCGCCUCCAGCCACGGACCUUCUAUCUAUGCAGAAAACCUCCUGGACCCUUUUGUGUUCCCCGCACACAGUGGAAGGUUAACGCCAAGGACUCCUCACAGCGUGGCCGUCACCCCGCCCAGCACCCCUCAGGCCAAGCGGCGGCACAAGCUGAAGCCCCCACGGACUCCUCCUCCCCCUUGCCGGAAGGUUUUUCAGCUGCUACCUAACUUUCCAACCCUCACGAGGAGCAAGUCCCACGAAUCACAGUUGGGAAACAGGAUAGAUGAAGUUCCUCCUAUAAAGUUCGAGCUCUCCCAAGGAUCCCCUCAGACGGUACGAAGAGACUUUGGCUUAGCUGUCACACACAGGUUCUCUACAAAGUCUUGGUUAUCUCAGAUUUGCCAAGUCUGUCAGAAGAGCAUGAUGUUCGGGGUGAAGUGUAAGUACUGCAGAUUAAAAUGUCACAACAAAUGUACUAAAGAGGCACCUGCUUGUAGAAUAUCAUUAGUUCCCAUAACAAAAAUAAGAAGAACAGAGUCUGUCCCUUCUGAUAUCAAUAAUCCAGUAGACAGACCAACAGAACCACAAUUUGGAACUCUUCCCAAAGCACUAACUAAAAAGGAGCAUCCACCAGCAAUAAAUCACCUGGACUCUAGCAGUAAUCCUUCUUCUACAACCUCAUCCACACCAUCUUCUCCAGCACCUUUCCAGUCUUCCAACCCUCCCAGUGCAACACCUCCCCCAAACCCAUCUCCCAUGGGCCAGAGGGAUGGACGAUUUAACUUCCCAGCUGCCUACUACAUUCAGCAUAGACAACAAUUUAUCUUCCCAGUGCCGACCCCCAGCCGGACGCAGAGCGAGUGGAGUCUGGAAGAACCAGAGACUAAUAAAUCAGAACCUGAAGAUGAUGAGGAUGAGGUGGAGGAUUUGCCCAACAGGCGGCCGCACUUGCAAGGGAUGAUUUACCGCAAGCCCAGCCAGACCAGCGUCUACCUGCAGGAGUGGGACAUUCCCUUUGAACAGAUUGAACUGGGAGACCCUAUUGGCCAAGGACGAUGGGGGAAGGUUUACAAGGGAAAGUGGCACGGGGAGGUGGCCAUCAGGCUCCUGGAGAUCGACGGGAACAAUCAGGAUCACCUCAAGCUCUUUAAAAAGGAGGUGAUGAACUACAGGCAGACCCGGCAUGAGAACGUGGUACUUUUCAUGGGAGCAUGCAUGAACCCUCCUCAUUUAGCAAUCAUUACCAGCUUCUGCAAAGGAAGAACGCUUCACUCCUUUGUAAGGGACCCCAAGAUAUCCCUGGAUAUUAACAAGACCAGGCAGAUAGCACAGGAGAUCAUUAAGGGCAUGGGGUAUCUUCACGCAAAGGGGAUUGUACAUAAGGACCUGAAAUCCAAGAAUGUUUUCUAUGACAAUGGGAAAGUUGUGAUCACUGACUUUGGAUUAUUUGGAAUUUCGGGUGUGGUUCAGGAAGGAAGGAGGGAGAAUGAACUGAAGCUGCCUCAUGACUGGUUAUGCUACCUGGCCCCUGAGAUUGUUCGUGAGAUGGCCCCUGGGAAAGAUGAAGACAAGCUGCCUUUCUCCAAAGCUGCAGAUAUCUAUGCCUUUGGGACUGUGUGGUAUGAGCUCCAAGCAAGAGAAUGGCCUUUCAAGAACCAGCCUGCAGAGGCACUCAUCUGGCAGAUUGGAAGUGGCGAAGGAGUGAAACAAGUCCUUGCAACUGUUAGUUUGGGGAAGGAGGUCAACGAAAUUCUCUCAGCGUGCUGGUCAUUUGAUCUCGGUGAGAGACCCAGCUUCACUGUCCUCAUGGAUAUGCUUGAAAAACUGCCAAAACUGAAUCGUCGGCUCUCGCACCCAGGGCAUUUCUGGAAGUCUGCUGAGUGA